UUCAUUUGUAAUACAGUUCACCUCAGUAUGACCAUGUUAGUGGUAACUCAAGGUCCACUUACUGGGUCUUUGAAGUUUUCAAUCACAUCCUACUGAAUGUUUUUGUAAAAAGAAAUCUAGAAGGCUAACCAUUUACAGCCAAGCUACACAUUAAAUCACACAUUUAGCACCAUAACUAUUUCAUGUUAGUGGCGUUAGAUGAAAGACCUUGUGAUCACCGGCCCUGUUAAGGACUGUAUCGUCCAGGGGACAGUCCCUGAUGUUUCCUGUUGACAACUGUGCGGUGUUCUUCAUCAGAGCUGGGGAAGUUAAUCAGAGAUACAUCUACGUACCUGACCACUCAGUCCUCAUCACUGACGUCUUUUGUCUUUGCAAAACUAAAACACUUGAGUGCUGACAUACUGUAAUGAAGUUUUUCUGUCUUUGUGUAUUGUUGACAGGAUGACGACAGAAACAGGUACUUUUGUUGGCUCACUGUGUUUGUUUUAUUGGUCCCCGUAUGUGUUUUAAUGAUAUGCUAGAUUUCACAGACUCUCAAGCUAUGGCUUGCAGACCCCAGGGGGCCCGGGAUCCCCAGUUUGAGAAUCAUGAAACAAGUAGUUUAUCGUCCCUUUUAAGUUAGUUUCAUAUUGGGUCUUCAGACAGUUCGUUUUGGGUUAUGACAGAAAAGUCUUGAAGGACUUGGUGGUUGGUUUUGCACAUGUAAGCUUUCCCAGCUGAAACAGUUCUAUGGAAAGUCUUUAGGUUCACCCUCUGAGGACACUGAAUGUCUGAGUGGGAGUCAGUCUAAAACCUGUUGAGAUAUUUCAGCCUGGAACAAAGAAUUGAAAGAACUUGAAUCUGCCAUCACUGGACCUGGUGAUGUGGUCUAUAAUCCCAGAUUAAGUUUGAAUCUCUGAACUGUCCUCCUGGUUUAAAGGUGUUGUAUGAGUGGUUGUGUCUGACUCUUCCUGUGUGUCCUCUGUCAGACCUAUCAGAAGCCGUCCUGCAGUCGAUGCAGCGGAGCCGCCGCCUCCUGUUCGUCCUCAGCCCCGACUUCCUUAAAGAGAAAAGCUUCAGCCUCCUGGAGUGUCGUCUGGGUCUGUACCUCCAACACGGCCACCAGGCGUCCAUCGUGGCCGUGGUUUACCGCUCGGUCAGUAAGCUGCCCUGCGUGGAGGUGGCCCAGCUCCGUCAGGUCGCCGUCAGCACCGUGACAUGGAGAAGGAGUCGGUCUGAACCGCGGCGGUCGCGGUUCUGGCUGCGGCUCAGGAUGGCGCUGCCGGUCCGGCCGCUCUCUAUGGGCAGGAGGUUGAUCGACAGCACGUCGUCUCACUCGGACCUGGCAGCACUGGCCCUGCAGAGAGCUCAACGGACCCAGAACCACAGCCAGAACCAGGGGGAGGGAACCAAUCAGAGCCGCAGGAGCAGACGUGCCUCGGCCAAUCAGAUCUGCAGAGACAGACAGGCCCUGCGCAGAGGGAGGGGCAGGGUGAGGAGGGGGGUGACGUGCAGGGAGGAGGGGUCACAGCACAGCCGGACCUGCUCGGAGUGCGCCAGGUUCGUUGGCCAGGUGGAGGACAGAGGGGUGGAGCUUACAGUGGAGACGGAGAUGCAGCAGGUGACACCAGACAGGACUGAGAUUCGAUCAGACCCUGUCCCAGAAACAGACCCCGCAGCGGUCCCAGACUCCACUCCUGACCCUGCCCCCACACCUGCCGUGACUUCAGAGCCGGGCCCGGACUCCACCCCCUCCACCUGUGAGCAGGACGAGGGCGGGAAACACCAGCAACCACAGCAGAUGAUUGGCUCCUGGACUUCAGAGGAGAAAUGAGGAGGAAGGACCAGCCUCCAAGACUGAUCAACAAACUACAUUAUGCUGCAUUCAAGUCACAUCAGAGAGGUGGAAAAACGUGUACUGAGGUUGAAAAUGUCAAAUGUUAAGUUUGUCCUGAGGAUGGCGCUGCAGGAACAUGAACACAUUCACAUUGCGUUUGUCGGCAGCUGAGAUUAAAUCAGCUCAGUGAAAACAGCAUGAACUCUGAGCAAAGACGAAGAUGUCAACAUAAUUUACAACCUAUGAACUGAACUGGAAAAUGCCUUAUUUUAUAAACCUGAUUCCUGAGGCUGAAUUUAAUUUAAUCUGUUCUCUGUGUUAAUCUGACCAGGAAUCAUCCUGAUGCUUCAUUUAAAUUCAUCUGCAGAUUCAGUAUGAGAAUAAAAUCUAAAUAUUAUCAUCCUCAUGGCUGACAGUUUACUGAGAAGCUUCUUAUUGAGGUGUCCGCUCACUGUCACCUCCGUUACACCUGACUGUGUGACGUCACCUGAUGCUGGAUGUAACAGGUGAACUGGGCUUCACCUGGAGAGUAGAGGAGAGCAGGUGGAGGCACAGAGACACUGUUCUUAGUUUAAUGUCAUUUUUUGUUUAUAAAGAUUUUCGGAGCUCAGCUGUUUACAGGGACGUGACGUCUGAUGUUUACAUGCGCCGACAUAUUUAACCGGAAGAGCUGUGUGACGUCAUUACGUCGCGCACUCGUCUUGACACGUGUUUGAUCAGCGCUGUUCCUGUGACGCUCUUAAUCAGGCAACGUUUUGAUGCGUCACCACGCGUUUGCGUCAGGACGCGGGGCAUGCGCAGAGAGAACGCGGUUCAGUUUCUGAGAAG